UCUUGUUGUUCAAGUUCAGUUCAGGAAUCUAGAUUACUUUGAGUAGGGAUAGUGUAUCUUGAAAUCAUUGUAAUCUCUUCCACUUUGUGUAACUCACCAGAUUCAAAUUAGAAAAUUUCCAAGUUGAUGACAAAUUUAUUUUAAUUUGUAGCAUUGUUCCUAAACUUGUUACGGUGCUUGACCGGCAGAAACGGCAGAUUCAUUGUCUUUUUGACAUCGACUUCAUCAUGCUUUUUUUUUUCCAGAGUUUUUGAGGCACCAUAGUACACAUGACAUAUACAUACAACAUGUAUCCACACUACACAGAGUGAAAUAAGAAGCAUCCAAAAUAUAGACUACAAAGGCUCUGUGCUAGUCUAUAUGUUUUUACAAGGUUUUAGAGGCUUUAAUAUGCUACAUACAACAGUAUUAGUAUGUUUUGCUUAUUAUUUUCUCUGUGCCUCAGAUGUCAUCAAUUUCAGAGUCAGAGUGGAAAAAAGCCCUGACCUUCAUCAUUGAGGAUUUGGAUAAGUCACAGCUCAAAAAGAUGCUGGGAUGUCUGGAUAUCACCAAACAGAAGAAGACUACCAAGUGCAGAGAAACCAUUCCUCAGACAAUCAUCGAGUGCUACGGAGUGGAAACGUCUAUCCAGAUAAUCAAUGAAGCAAUGCUCUGGAUACCAAGGAAGGAUGAAGCAGUCCAGGGCCAGCUGCGCCCCUUUGUUGAAAAAUUGAAGAACAAAGAAAACGAGGGGGAAAAAGGAAACAAGAGGAAACGCAGUGAAACUGAAUCGGAGUCAGCAGAGAAAACAGCUGAAGCUGGCUUUAAGAAGAACAACAUUGUGAGUGAUUCAAGUUCAGAUGAAGAGCGAGAGGCUGAAACUGAUGGACUGAAGAGCCCUCAGCCUGACAAGGUAGAAGUUAAUGAGAUAAAAAUCCCUUCAUGGAGGAAAUCCAUCCAUGAUGUAAAGACCAGCAGUGACCUUGGAAAUAAAGUCAUAGCUGGCAAAGUUGUGGCGAAAUCUGGUCUGCGUACAUACGAAACCAAAAAAAAGGAGAAGAAGUUUUUCUUUUACCUGGGAGUGGCUGAUGAAACAGGCAGCAUUAAAGUGAUGGUGUAUGGAAGAGAGCGCUAUCAGCGUUUCCAGGAGAAGAGCUGCUACCUGUUCAGAGAGAUCAUCAUGGACGAAAAUGUCAUGAAAGUGACCAAAAAGAGCGUCAUAUCAAAGACAGCAGCUAUCGAUGUUCCUGAGAACCUGGAGAUGGAAGCUCAGAUGUUCGUUUAUUCCCAGACUCCAGUUUGCUCCAUCGGACAGGCCAUCGGAUCAGCGGAGAAGACAUCAGUGAGUGUUGAAGGAACAGUAAGAGAGAUCGGCUCCGUUGAAACCGUCAAACUGAAGAACAAACGGAGAAAGAAAGACAAGCAAGAGUUCCAACUUGAGGACGGCACAGGCUCCAUCUGGAUCACUUUGUGGGGCGAAGACAUCAAACAGCUCAGAGGAAAAUCACCUGGAGACUCUGUCAGGGUGGUCAAUGUAAAGACGAGUCACUACUAUGAUUCAGUAUCGCUGAACUCAACAGAUUUCACCAGAAUUUUUAAGGUUCAAAGUGCCACAAUUGAGAACGUCACAAUCGAGAUCAUUGGGAUCAAAGACGCCAAGAAGACUGAAACAGAGGUGGAUGCACAGAUCGGCAGCGGAGAGGUGCAGUCCUUUGUGGUGACUUCAUCCCUGCUGGCAAAAGCGUUUGGUGUCAGACUGGAGGGCGACUUUGAGGACAGACUGCUGGAGAAAAUGCCGUUCUCAGCAGAUGUAGAAAUAAAGGGAAACAAGAUCAUGAAGAUUGAAGCUAAGGAGAAGUAAAGAUGAGUUCCAGUGUUCAGGCUGCAGCUGCAGAGUCUGAACUGGAUUCAUGACAUUUGAAAAAUUUGAGUAGAUUUUGAGUUUCAAUAAAAAAUGUAAAUCUCUCUUGAAUCAGUUUUAUAUUCUGAAUCAUGAAAUGUGUGCUGUUUCUUUCUUCUUUCCUAACUGGUUAUUCUUGAUUUUUCUUGUCAUCUUUUUUCCUGUGUGUAAGAACUGUACGUUUAUAUUCAUGUUAAUUAAUCAUAAUGGCUCUGAUGUUGAGGAUGGUGGAAUGUUUAUGUUGGAAUAAAAAAGGCUCUGAUUUAA